AUGGCACUUAAGCGCGUUAUUCAAAAAUAUGAUAAGCCCUUCGAUAAUAGAACGACAGAUCAUCAUUACAGAUCAAUUAACGCGCGAAAAAAAAAAAAAUCCCCUGCAUUUGAUAAUUCAAAUAGUAACAAUUUUCAUACUUUUGAGGAAAUACAUGAACAUAUCGAUGAAACAUACGACAGCGGUUCCCAGUACCAAGCAUCUGAACCAUUAGGAUCUGAAACUUUACCAAACAAAAAUCUGGAAAAUAUAAAAAACAAAAAAAAUCGAAACCGUAUAAAAACUAAAAUAAAACAUCACCAUCAUCAUCAUCAUCAUAACCAUAUUAAAGAGCUUAUAAAAACAGUACCACAACCAUAUUCGGUUGAAAAAGUUGUGCAUGUACCAAUUGAAAAAGUGGUAGAAAAAGUUGUGCAUGUUCCUAAAAUUAUAAAUGUUACUAUAGAGAAAAUUGUACACGUUCCAAUAGAAAAAAUAGUUGAAAAGGUGAUUCAUAUCCCAAAACCAUAUGUUGUUGAAAAAAUAGUUGAAAAAAUAGUUCAUGUUCCCAAACCAUAUCCUGUUCUUAGAACUGUUCCAUAUCCAAUUGAAAUUAAAGUUCCAAUGACAGUUGAAAAAAAAGUACCGUUUCCAAUCAAGGUUGAGGUUGAACGAAAAAUUCCCAUUUAUAUUCAUACAAAAGAGCCAUAUAAAUUUGAGAAAUCAAAUAUUGAACACUAUAAUCAAGACGACCAGUCGAAAUUCACUUUCGAAGGGGAUCAUCUGGGGAUUAAAGAACAUGAACAAUCUACGCUACCGACAAACAUACACCAGCAUAGGAUAUAUAAAUUAAAAGAUAUAAACCUCCCUAAUAAAGUAGACGACCCUCCAUAUACUUUUCAACCGGAGCAUAAUAAACAUUUGAAGGAGAGCCCUAGUCAACAAUAUACAUCUGCAAGCUUAAUUUUGUUCACCUGCAACCAACGACGCAGCAAAAUCAGCUAG